CCAAUACGAACAAGGCAGAGUUUUCUAUCUGGGCCCAAGGAGUCUUACGCAUGCUCGGUCACGAAAGGCAACGCGAAGAGGCUGCGGCUGUACCUCCAUUAUUCCAGUCUUCAAUCUCAAAGCAUCAUUUACCAUUGGAAAACUGCUAGAUUAGUCACUCCUUGACGUUCGGUGCUCAAGUACGGCAGUUUCUCCUGGUGCCAAUGAGAAGGAGCAGAGGUCACUCAACAUAUUGCGGCCGGCAGUGAGAUCUACGGAAAUCCAAAAAGUGCACCCGCAAGGUUGCUCGUUCGCGUUGACUCCGGCUAGAAGUAGGUCCAUGUUGGUGUUACAAUCAGCCCACCCUCAAUCAUUCACAUUCUCAUCCGGCGUGAAGACCGGCCGCAGGCGGCUACUUCUGCGUGACGACUUCAAGGUAUCACCGACGACGAUGGAUAUGGUCGACUAUUACAGAAUGGAAUUGUUCCACUCGAGUGAUCUGGUUCACCUGGAUGAACCUUUCUUCGUGUCAUGGGACAUAGCGAGGACUAACACCGCGGCACCAAGAAUCAGAAGUCGCGCUGCUCACCAAGGAUCACGAAUGGUUAGAACGUAUGGAAGCUUGAUCCGGCCGGAAAGUCCCUACUGAUUCGGCGCAUGGGAAACCAUCUCUCAUGGUGCGCGGGCGGUUCACCUUUCCUGGAGACAAAGGGCACAGGCAGCUCUUUUCCCAUUGCCAGUUGCUAAACGUGUCUCAGCAUCAAGAUUGCUCUCAAGAUCCCUUGUGAGGAUUGCUUCCGUGGCUACAAC